UCGAGGUUACCAAUGCUGCUUUCAGGAUAACGAGGACAUGAAGUUAUUUUUGCUGUUUUUCUUCUGCCGUGAUUUAUUUGCAGUGAAACACUCACUGAAGCAUGUGGCCACUGGAUCGUCAGGAGUCCCAAACAUAUCAGAGUUUUUGAGUGAAAUGGUGGUUGAUGGCAUUCAGGCGGGUUACUGUGACAGCAGGAACAAAAUACUAGAACCAAGACAGGACUGGGUAAAGAAAAUAUUAGAUGACAACCCUCAGCAGCUGAAGUCUUUGACUGUACAGUGUUUUGUGACUCUGCCAAACUUAUUCCGAGCCUGGAUUUUUGGUUUACAGCAGCAGUUCAACCAACCUGGAGGCAUCCACAUUUUACAGAGUAUAAGUGGCUGUGAAUGGAAUGAAAGCACUGGAGAGAUGAUCAACUUUUUACGGUAUGCUUACAACGGAGAAGACUUUCUUGAAUUUGAUAUGAAGACAUUAAGGUGGAUCGCACUGAAACCAGAGGCUGUCAUUACCAAACAGAGAUGGGACACUGACGAAAAUAGAAUAAAAUACACCGUCGAGUUCCUCAGUACGACUUGUCCAAAGUGGCUGAAGAUGUCUUUGGAAAGUGGGAAACGUUCCCUGCAGAGAACAGUUCUUCCCUCAGUGUCUCUCCUCCAGAAGUCUUCGUCCUCUCCAGUCAGCUGCCACGCUACAGGUUUCUACCCUCAAAGAGCCGUGAUGUUCUGGAGGAAAGAUGGAGAGGAGAUUCAUGAUGGUGUGGAUCCUGGAGAGAUCCUCCCCAACAAUGACGAGACCUUCCAGAUGUGUGUUGAUCUGAAUGUUUCAUCAGUCAGACCAGAAGACUGGAGCAGAUACGACUGUGUGUUUCAGCUCUCUGACGGCGAUGACAUCAUCACCAAACUGGAUAAAAAAGUGAUCAGAACCAACUGUGGAAAAAUAAUACCUGUCAUAGAGAAGACCUCUGACAGGAUGAUCUCCAUCAUUGCUGCAGUGGUUGUUCCAGUUCUUCUCAUCCUUUUUGCUGUUGUUGGAUUUGCUGGUUACAAAAAGAGGAAAGGCAGAAACUCAAGUUCACCUUUGCCUGGCAACACUGCUGAACUGUUGGAGAAACUGAAACAAGAUCCACAUGUAUAAACGCAGGACCCAGAAAAAAGUGUUCAAAUCUCCAGUUAAACAAACACAUAAAAGGUGCUUUUUAAAUAGUUUGUUUAUGUGAACUUUACUUUUUGUGGAAAACCAUUUUUCUCUUUUUGUGUUAUAAUCCAAAGGAUUGUUCAGUCAUUCAAGUCAAACAGUUUUCAUGUUUCACUAUAUUUUAACUGUUCUGUCUAUAAAUAAUUUACUUGCACCAUUUUGGUUUUUCAUUUAUUCAGCAGUAAGGUCAAUAAGUAACCACCUCCUUCAUCACAUUGGUUUCUUUCAUUAUAUUUUUCAUGACUGGAGACGUGGCUUAUAAUAACAGCAACAACAAAAAGUAAUAAAAUAAAAUGAGGUAAAAUACUUACAUUUUAAUUAAUUUUUUAAAGUUUUUUCUUUCAACACUGCUAUUAAAUAGAAAUUUUAAAGUUGAAACUGUUUCCUUCAUGGAGUUAUAUUCUCAUUUAAAUAAUUCCUUUUUAAUGGUAUUACAAACGUAGCAACAGGUGCUAUGCGUCUAUUUCUUUA